GAACUUGUGGUGAUUGCGCAUGCGCACUAAAUUAUUUGGAUUAUUUCUCAAAAUAUUAAUUUUUCACAUAAAAUGUCGAAUAACUGAGGAUACAGAAAUGUGACCGUCAUGAAAGUGUGGAAUUUGUUAGGAUACGUAUUUUUCUUUGAAGAGACGAAAUUUUAAUGGCAAAGGAAACCCAGAUGCUAGUAAAUUUUGGGACUAUAUUUUGGGCAUGACCAAAAAUCUUUCUGUUUCCUAUUCACCUGUAGCGACAGACUCACCAACUAGAAUAUCUGAACAAAAUUUUCAUACAGAAAUGCCCAAAAUGACUCGGAAAUGGGAGGUAUUCCCAGGACGCAACAAAUUCUGUUGCAAUGGAUAUAUUAUGAUGGCACGUCAAGCAGGGAUAUUCUACUUCACAUGCGUUUUGAUAAUCGUCACAAGUGGUCUUUUCUUUGCAUUUGAUUGCAGAUAUUUGGCAGUCCAUGUGUCUCCCGCCAUUCCUGUCGUUGCUGGCUUAUUGUUCAUAUUCGUCAUGUCAACGCUGUUUAGAACGAGCUUUAGUGAUCCUGGUGUCAUACCACGAGCCACACCAGAUGAGGCUGCAGACAUAGAGCGCCAAAUAGAAGUGCCCCAGUCAGGCAACCCUGCCACCUAUAGGCCACCCCCUCGUACUAAGGAGGUGAUCAUAAAGGGACAAGUUACAAAGCUCAAAUAUUGUUUUACAUGUAAAAUAUUCCGGCCUCCAAGGGCAUCACAUUGCAGUGUUUGCGAUAAUUGUGUAGAUCGUUUUGACCACCACUGUCCAUGGGUGGGAAAUUGUGUAGGAAAAAGAAAUUAUCGCUAUUUCUACUUAUUCAUCUUAUCGUUAAGUAUACUGUGUAUCUACAUAUUCGCCUGCGUGAUCACUCAUCUGGUUCUGAGAGCGCAGCCACCAAACAAUUUUUUAAUAGCUAUGAGAGAAUCGCCUGCUAGCCCCGUCGAGGCUGUCGUUAUUUUUAUAUCUGCGUUUGCGGUGUUUGGACUUCUGGGAUACCAUUCUGGCCUGAUAUGUAACGCAGAAACCACAAACGAAGAGAUAAAGGGCACUUUCUCAUCAAAGCGGAACCAUGAGAAUUUUAACCCCUAUAGUCAGGGUGGGGUUUUCACCAAUUGUAUGGCCAUCAUCUGUGGACCUAUACCUCCUAGUUUAAUAGACAGACGGGGCUUUGUCAUCCCCGACCCCACACAGACAACAAAUGGUCUCCCCCAAGAGAACAAUGCUGUCAAUGUGCGGCCAGAAAACAAUUAUGGAACAGUGCCGAUUAUGCAGAAUCCCCCUAUCUCUGGGGGAGGGUAUCCUGUUCAACAGUACCCCCCAGGGGUCUAUCCUGGGGGUCCUUAUCCGGUGGAGAAGCAGUCAUCUCCCCGAGCGGACACACCAACAGAGGGC